AUGAGCACGGGUACUUUACGAAAUAUUACGUCUCUCUUCAGAACUGUAUACUUCUCAUUUGCAUGUCUCUUUUAUCUUGUUAUGUGCAUAGUUAUAAUUCCUGCAGUUUAUGUGACCUACAGAGGCCUUUCCUGCAUAGGCAUAAAUAUGGAGAAAUUUAAGGCCAUUGUAGGGAAGCUUUGGCUGCAGGUGACGCAGUCUCUUCUUUGCAUAUUAAUUGGAGAUAACACAUAUAUCCUGUAUAAGCCAUUACCUGAAGAUCAGAUGAUGGGGAAUACUUUGAUUAUUUCAAAUCACACUUCUUAUGUGGACUGGAUAUACCUAUGGUCUUUACUUCUAAAGACAGGCAGGGAGAGCAUUUCAUUUAUUGCAAAGGAGGCAGUGGGGGCCUUUUAUCCUUUGAGGCUGGGAAUUGACAUGCUUAAUUUUGUACUUCUCACCAGAAAGAUGGAAGAUGAUCAAAUGCGUCUUAAGAAGGCAUGCAGUGUACUGCAUAAAAGCAACAAUUACAACUUGGUUAUUUUCCCAGAGGGAACAUUCAUUGACCAAGACACAAAAAAGAAAGAUGAAAUAUUUCUAAAGAAAGAACUGGAGAACAGAGGGCUUUUAAAGACACUUUCACCAGAAGAAAUUGAAGAGAAGAAAAUACACACAACCAUACCGCAUAGUCUAAACAAGGUCUUCCAGGAGGUGAUAUUCCCUAGAGUAAAGGGAUUCAAGAUCCUUGUGGAUGAAUUAAAACCCACACUCAAAAAUAUCAUGGACUGCACAAUAUACCUUAAUAUGCACGGAAGUGAUAUGAUGUACCCAUCUGACCACUUUACACUCACAAAUAUCAUUCUUGGCAGAUGCUCUCGCAUACAGGCUCUUAUUAUAUGCGAGAACAUUAAGUUUGAUGCUAAAAUAGCAGAAAACUCUAGUGAAUGGAUAUACAAUAGAUUUGCGAAAAAGGAUGAACUCCUUAAGCAGCUUAAAAUGCAAAGAGCAAGGAAGGAUAAUAUGCAUGAUAUAUGCACUGAGUACAAGCAAAAGGGAUAUACGAUAAAGAGACUGCACCCGUCUCUUUCCGUGACUAUUUUGCUCUCUGCAGGUUCACUAGUGAUUAUUCUUCCAUGUAUCUUUCUGUCAUAUUUGGUUAGUGUUUUUCUUUACAAGUACUUAGCUAGUCCUUAUGAUACACUAAAGACACUUUAUAACUUUUAA